AUGGCAUCAGCUGCAAGUGUUCGAGAUUCAUCUCGGCUUCCGAAUGAGAUCCUCAUCACCAUCGUGGAUGAGCUAGGCAAAUCGGAUGCGCCGAAGGCGCUACAUUCGCUUCUCCUCGUAUCUCGUCAUCUCCACGCCAUCGCCAUACGUCCGAUCUACGAAGAAAUGCUACUAUCUCUCUUUCAUCCCAAACAAAUCCCCGCGUUCGCAUACCUCUCGCGCAACAUCGCGACGAACCCGGGUGUACAAUUUAUCACCUCCUUUAUAUUUAUAUUCGAGUAUUACUCAGGCUCAGGGCCAUGUUUCACAACUGGUGAGGUUGGGGCACAAGAGAACCUGGAACUCAUCCUCCCCUACCUAGUGAAUGUCAAACGCCUACAUAUCACUUUCUGGCCCUUCGGAGUCUUCAAUCCCAAGGCGCUGUGCUUACUUCCGCCCGGCGUCCAGCUCACCCACCUUUUCGUUGAUCGCAGUAUCCGUUUGACAGACCUCUCACCAUUCCUCGCCUUAUCGCAUCCGUUACUUGAGUCAAUCGUCAUACGCCCGGCAUACCCUUCUGCUGCCACAUGCCAACCCUUUCAACCCACUGAUCCAAAGUUAUCAGUCGGUGCUUUAUGCCCUAACCUUCGGUGUCUCGAGGCGCCCAUUGAAGACUUUCUGUUAUUUGAGGACGCCCCUCCUUCCCUGGUGAACCUUGGUGUCCACGGGCAACAUCCGUUUAGAUUUGUCGACGGCAUGGUUCUGGAUCACAUCGUCCAUACAUUCCCGUUGCUGCGCACGCUAUACUUCGAGGGUACAAACUUUGGCACCGGAGUUGCGCCUCUACUACCUAGAUUACCCAACCUCGAGUACCUUUCUUUGGACCAUUCGUCGAUGUCACGGCGUUCAGAUGCCCACAACCUCUCCAUGUUCUCUGGAGUGGCCAAACUGAAAUACCUCCGCCUCACGUACUCGCCUCGGGGCGAGCCAUGCAUUGCUCCCGGCAUUGUGGAUACACUCUUGAUCCUCGACGUUGUCGAGUUCAAAACCUGCACGCGGGUGUAUAAAGAUUCGCUGGAUACCUCCCAAGUUGAGCUUCACAGCUCAAGAUGGCUGCAAUGGUGGGAGCCAGCCGAACAGGAAAUAGCAAAUACUAGUGAGCAACAUAAUUCCUCGUUGCUUGUGAAACUGUAG